CUUGUCUAAAGCAUAAUUUUUGGUUUUUCCUAGGAUACCCUUCUGCACGCUGUCUUCUUCUUCUCAGUCGCUCUGUGGCUGCUGUCGACUCGCGCACUUCUGCACUUAUCUCCCUUUUGCCUUCCUUCCGAUGCCGCUCCGAACCCGUGCCCGGAUCCGAUCCGGGAUCCGACCAGCAGCCCGCCGGCUGUCCCCCUGCUACCGCCAUCCGGACGAGCCUAUCACCGGAAUCUGCGCCUCCUGUCUCCGCGAGCGACUUUCCGGUCUGGAUUCGUCGAUUUCCGCCGCCGCGGCAUCCCCGGAGCUCCGUCGAUCGAGGUCGGUUGUCUCCGCUCCGAGAUGCGAGGCUCCAAUGGACGAGCAGCGGCGCAAGUCGUGCGACGUCGUUUCGGCUCGGCCGUCGCUGUCGAAUCUCUUCGACGUCGCCGAUCUGAUAGGCGGAUCGGAAACCGAGGCGAGAGUCGAAUCGAAGAAUGUAGGCAUUUCGCGAGUGACGUACACCGUGAUCCAAUCUCGCGAGAAAAUUGGGGAUGAAAUUAGGGUUUCUAAAGACCUCGACGACGACAAAUUGGGGGAAUCGAAUACCGAUUGCGCCGCAGACGAAGAAUUCAAGACGAUGAAAGAGUACAUCGAUCUCGAAUUUCAGAGCAAAGCCAAGAAAUCCAAGGAUUUGAAAGGAAUGGCAGGGAAUUUCUUGGGCGCAGCCUCAGUCUUCACUAAGAAACUGAAAAAAUGGAGGCAGAAGAACACCACCACCACCACCAAGGCAUCAAAGAACCCUAACAAUGCAGCCAUUGAAGAAAACGUAGUCAUUCCAGAGACUGCAAAUCUGCAGCCAUCCAAAGAUCCUGGAAAUGCAGGAAGAAGAUCCUGCGACACAGAGCCUAGGUUUUCGAUCGACGGAGGCCGGAUUUCGUUCGACGAGCCGCCAAGAGCUUCAUGGGAUGGAUACAUGAUAGCUAGGACAAUCCCGCGGCUUGCGCCGAUGUUUUCGGUAGUGGAAGAUGGUCUUAUAGGGAAUAUGAACAACAAGGUCGAUAAUCGGAGGUUGUCUGUAGAUGGUCCGAUAAUGCAUUCGAUAGUCGAGGACGAGAGCAGCUCCGGAGCUCAUUCGAAUUCGGAUUCAUCUUCUUCGAGGAGGCAGAGUAGUUUCGACAGGUCGAGCUCGGUCCGGAGUUUCGGCAAGAAAACCGAUCACGGCGUGUCUCCCGCAAAUGUCAAGCUAGUGAUUACCGAAAAGGAGUUGAAAGAUUGGCGAUUGAGUUCGCGGAAAGAUGAUGAAGUCGAGAAGAGGUUACCAUCCGACGCCAUUUCCGGCAGCGAAUUGAAUUUUCCGGCGAAGAAGACGACGAAGUGGCGGAGCAGCGUCCGCAACCUUUUUGGAUUCAAAGAGAAAGCGACGAAAAACGUCAACGACGACAGGGAUUUGGUCAAAGCGAAAUUGACGCGGACUUGUAGCAGCGGGUUCGGGUUGAGGAAUUCGAGCGAAGAUGGAGCAAGGUCGUAUCGCGGUAGGAGGAGCGUCGAUAAUGUCGAUGGGUAUGCCGAGUUUAGAGGAAGGCAGAGCUUGGACGGGAUGGGGAAUGUGAAUACGAAUUCGAAUACGCCUCCGUUUUAUAUGACACCAUUGCGGAGCCUGAAGAACAGCAGCAAGGCUGGAAAUGGGAAGUUGAAGGUUCCGGUUCCGGGGUCGAUGCGGUCGAUGCCGAGCCCGAUUGUUUCGGGUCACGUCCUGCAGUUGAAUUGAACCGUCAGAACCGAACUGAAUCGAAAAAUUAAGGAAAAGAGAGGUGAUGAAGAAUGUGGGUUGUUUCUUGUAUGAUGAGGGUUAAGUGUUGGGGAUGUAGUUCUUAUUAUUAUUGAUGUUGUUGUUGUAACACAUAAUAUAAAUGAAAUGUUUUUAUUGGGAAUUAGAGAAAUCGUUUUCGGAUUUACUGUGAUAUCCAUCUGUUGUUAUAGA